UUCAAACACUUAAGAGUUUUUUGUCAAAAUAUGUAGUUUGUGUAUUGAAAUUUAAUGUCCUCUGAGCAUAAAUAACACACCCACACGAUCCGCAGGAUUCCACUUGCUCAACCAAAUUUCCAGUUAUCCUCAACAUCUUUUUCGAAUCCUGAGCAAUAACCUUGGCAUUAGCCAAACCCUGUGAUCGCCAUGUGGUAUACAAUGAGACGCAGUCAGCGGUUGGCCCUCAUCACCCAGGGCUAUAGGAUCCUGGCUGAAUACAAUCUGGUGAAGGAGAAGAUGAAGAACAUCUACGCGAUUCCCAGUUACACCUGCGGAUUGCUCUGGUUUGGCGUGAUCUUCGUGCACAGUGGAAUCUAUGCGGGCAGCGUGUUCCGCUUCUCCAUUCUGCUGCCGGAAAACUUUCCGGAUGACUCCAUCCUGCCCACUGUGGUUUUCUCAACGGCGGUACUCCAUCCGCAUAUUUGUUCGCAAAAUAAGACCCUGGAUCUGGCGCCUUUCUUCAAGGAGUGGCGUAAGGAUGAUCACCAUAUUUGGCACUUGCUUAGAUAUAUUCAAGCAAUCUUUGCCGAUCCUGAGGGUAGUAUUUGUACUGGACAAUCAUCUUCGGGUGACCUCGUUGUCAUGGAUGAGGUGAAUAAUAUGGAGGCUCUCAACAUGCUGGCCAAAAGUCGACCCGAGUAUAUUAAACGUGUCCAGGAACUGGCCAUCUCAUCGAGAGAUCACAUGUACGACAAGCCGAUGACAGAUGACCCGCACUCCAUCAUAAUGGAGCCCUAUUGUGCCGAAAGGCAUCUGAAGUUUAUCGAUGAGCUGAAGAGUCCCAGCUGGAAGGAAGCUACAUCCGUGGAUUGCUCCCAGAUGUCGGAGUUUCUGGGACACAUCGACUUCUCAAGGCAGCUGGACGAAGAAGAGACGAAUCAGCCUGAAAAAUCCACGGAGAUUCCGGCUUCCCAGCGUGAAGAUGCUGUAGUUUCUUAGGAGCAGAAUGGAGAAGCUGUUUAUUAGAAAAAAUUUAAUAAGUAAAAAUUGUAAUUGUUUUUCAAUUAUUUACCCAAUUUUAUUUUUCUCAUUUAGCCUUAAUAUAAAGUUUAAUUUUA